GGGGCAUUCUAGACGGAGCCGCCACUGUGGCCCCUCGUCUUGCCGCUCUCUCCUGCCCUGCCGCCGCCCUCGCCCGCCCCGCCGUCACCGCCGCCCUGCUGCCAGCGCAGUGCAUCCCCGCCCUGCUGCCGGAGCCUCGCCAUGUAAGACCCAGGGGCACGGAGGAAGGAGUGCCAUGCCCGGGGGAGGGCAGGACUCCCUUUGUGUACCCAAGACUGUGGUGCGAGGUGAUCCGUCCCGUGUUGAGUGAGGCACCGCGUGAUCGAGUGUGUGUUAGUGAGGCGCCUACUGGCUCCUGGGCGCCGUAGUGUGAGGGCCUCUAGCGUGGGUGAGCGAGCCCCUGAGUGAGGAGCCGCGUGGCUCUCAGGGGCCGCGUGGCUCUUUGGCGAACGGGUCUGUGGAGCCCCGGAGAGGCUCCGGGCGGGGGGCAGCCUGGCCGCACGGUCGCUGCAGCGAGGAGCCCCCUCAGCGAGGGCGGCGCUGCGACGGGAUGGUGCCGGCGCCCCCUGAGAACUGGGCGGCCAUGGGCGGCGGAGGCGGCACUUCGAUAAUGGGCGGCGGCUUGGAGGGCGGGCUUGGAGGCGGCACGGGGAGCAGUGGGGGCUUGGGUGUUGGUGCCGCCCCUGCUCAGCUCCUUAAUUGGUUCUAUCUUACCCUCGCUGACCACCAUAACCAACAACAGCAGCAGCAGCAACAGCAGCAGCAGCACCAGCAGCAGCAGCAGCAGCAGCAGGCUGCCGCAGCCGCCGCGGCUGCAGCCGCAGCUGCCGUAGCCCAUCCCGGAGCUCAGCAGCCUCCGCUUCACUCCUCCCAGAACAAGGUGCUGGCGGGGGGAUGGGGCGGCAGCGGCGGCGCCGGCGGGGGCCAAGGUACAGGAGGCGGCGGGGGCGCUCUGGGCUCUCUCUUGGGGGGUGGGGGAGGGGGCGGCCUGUUGGGAGGGCUGGCCGGCCUCUCCCCUGGUGACCUUUCGGCCCUCACCUCCCUCAACGGCGCCAUCACCGCCAUCAACGGAGGCUACACCAACGGCCUGAGCAGCCCCGUCACCAGCAGCCUCAACGGCAGCAUUGGCGAGCUGGCAGACCACCUGAGUGAGCUGACCCUGGGGCUGGACAAGAAGGUGAAGGGGAGGAAGCUGCCGCCUAACUACCUGUGCCACCUGUGCUUCAAGAAGGGCCACCACAUCAAGGAGUGCCCGCAGGCCCGGCCCAAGGGCGAGGGUCUCACGCCUUACCAGGGCAAGAAGAGGUGCUUCGGGGAGUUUCGGUGCACCAAGUGUAAGAGGAAGUGGAUGAGCGGCAACUCGUGGGCGAACUGCGGCCAGGAGUGUAUCAAGUGUCGCAUCAACGUGUAUCCUCACAAGCAGAGGCCGCUGGACAAACCUGACGGGCUGGACGUGUCAGACCAGUCCAAGGUGCACCCCCAGCAUCUGUGCGAGAAGUGCAAGAGUCUUGGGUACUACUGCAGGAGGGUCAACUAACGCCGCGCCGACUGCCAGCCUCUUCGACGUCCGCCUCCUCCGCCUCACUGAUACGCGGCGAGUUCUCUCUCUCUCUCUCUCUCUCUCUCUCUCUCUCUCUCUCUCUCUCUCUCUCUCUCUCUCUCUCUCUCUGUUUUUUUUAUUUUUGUAGAUUUUCUCCUUCUUCAUCACCUUGAGUUUAAAAUACUUUAUUUAGCUAUUUUUAUUUUAUUUCACUUUAUUCACUUUUUUGCAAGUGGCGAUUCUCUCUCUCUCUCUCUCUCUCUUUGAGGCUCGAGCAAUCAGCGUGUGUGAGAGGAGCGCGCCCUGCCGGAGGUAAACACACAAGUGAAUAUUUCGUUUUUCUGUAUAAUUUUGGAAGUGUCAAGAUGGCGUCCAGACGGCGUCCGCACCUCAGGCAGUGUGUGAGGCGUCUGUUGCGGCCGUAUUGGUGCGCUUCGAUCUGAGCAAGUCUGUAGUAACAUUAUUAUUAUUUUUUUUUAUUAACAUUUUUAUUCUCUACGACGCUGCAGUUUUCAAAUAUAUAUAUCUGAAGAACGAGAAAUAUACGAUAGUUAUGAUCUUUAUUACUAACGACCUGUUAUAGGUAAAUGAAUGUAAUGGUCAUGUGUGUGUGUGUGUGUGUGUGUGUGUGUGUGUGUGUGUGUGUGUGUGUUGCCAUUUGGAAGAGAUGCAGUGCUUCUCUCUGCCUUAUUACUAUUAUUACCAUGAUUAUUACUAUUACUAUAAUAACCAUUAUUAUUAUUAUUAUUAUUAUUAUUAUUAUUAUUAUUAUUAUUAUUAUUAUUAUUAUUACUAUCGCUGUUAUUAUUAUCAUUAUCAAGAAGACGAAUAUGUCGAUGAGGAGGAAGCCGGGCGAGCAUAUGCUGUCCUUGGGCAAUGCUGCUCGUGGUGUUUCUGUAGAUCUGUCGCUGUGUACGAUAUUCAUGCAUGACUGUACAAUAUUACACUAAGGUAGACUGACUUGUAUUUGUUAUCUCUCUUUUCAUGGAUGCCGAACUGCUCUUUAGGCGUCUAUGGCGUUUUCAUGCAUUUUGAGUUUUUUUUUUCUUUUUUUCCCGAUUUCUUUUCAUCUCCGUUUUCUCUUUGAAGUACAUAAUAUUAGGAGCCGCCCCGAGAGCUGAGGGACUCCCUUCAGCACUUAGCGGGCGGCGGUGCUGAACACUGGUGCUAGUAGUGGCAUAAGGAUCCUCGCUUGGGCUCAGGCACGUCCGUCUGUCCAUUCAUCUGCUUCUUGUGCAUCCAUCACGCCCGGAACUCCGAACACCAACUACCCGUACUUCGUGACUACUUUCUAACAAACUCCAGUGGAAGCUAAUGGGGGAUUUCAGAUGUGUUCAUACGUUUAUAGCGAUAAAGCAGUUACUCUGCAUCGUCAGUGGGAAAGGCAAACGCAGAAUGAAAGCCCGAUCAUUGUCAUGUCUGUGGCCUCUGGAAACAGUCGUGGUAAGAGAACAAGGCGUCUGGAAACACGGGACCUGAAUCAACCGCACCGCUCUCAUCCUCUUAUUCCCCCCCGCCAGGUCUUGCCGUCUCUCAUCCCACACAGACCAAGUACCCCAUCGCUGCCUCCCAUAUUCUGAAACACUGUGCCACUCCUCCACUACUUUCAAAAGACUCUAGUUGAAACUACACAAAUUUUAAGGCUGUUUCUAAGAUUCUCUUGACGGAUUGUCAAAUUUUUUUCUACAUUAUCGACAGGAGAAACACUCUUGUGAAGCCGGCUAACCAUCUCUGUGGCUCUAGAAAAUAGUCGUGGUGAGAAAGCGUAGCGUUUCUGAAUAUGGGCCCUGUAAUCACCUACUAGUAAACAACACAUCCUAGUCCUUUGUCCACACACACACACACACACACACACACACACACACACACACACACACACACACACACACACAAGUACCUCCAUGCAUGGUUAUCAGACAGCCGUACGUAUGCCUACUAGAACUGAAAUAUGAAGCAAAUUAACAGUACUAAUAUGCGGUCAUGGCAUACUGAAAGUACACAAUGCAUGCAUGAAAUUAUCGGAAAGAAUGUGUGUGUGUGUGUGUGUGUGUAAUAAUAAUAAUAAUAAUAAUAAUAAUAAUAAUAAUAAACGAUUUAAUAUUUAGGCAGUUAACAAACUGAAAAUGUACAUAGGGGGUGGGGAAAUACUUAACAUUAAUCCUAAAGGUAAGUCUAAUCUAGAAGGGACUAUUGAUUGAUGGCUCGCACCAUGAUGGGAAUCGCACUGAGUCUGUACCGGUCCGUGCGCGGCGCCUUUAGGGGCGUUAUCUUGUUGUGGUGUCUGGUGGCACGGGUCGGGCGAGGUGCGUCAGGCGGCAGCAUGUUUCUGAGACGUGGAUGAUGCAGUAGUCCCCUUCCAAACUUCUCCAGAGCCUUUCGGUACCUGGUGGAUAGUCUGGACAGGCUCAGGGUGGUCAGGGCUUCUUCAUAGAUGGUGUAUGCAGGGCCAAGGAUGACCCUGCACGCCCUUUUCUGCACACUCUCUAGCUGUAGCUGUUCAGUGUGUGUGAGGGAGGAGGACCACGCUGGGGAGGCGUACAUGAGUUUGGGGAGGAUGAAGGUAAGGUACAUCUCCCUUAACUCAUCUGUCGGCGUCCCCAGCGACCUGAGUCUGCGCAGCAUGUACAGCCUGUAGGUAGCUGAUCUUAUGGUGCUGGCGACAUGCUGCUUCCAGGUCCAGGUCCAGGUCCAGGUGUGUGUGUGUGUGUGUGUGUGUGUGUGUGUGUGUGUGUGUCACAGAUCGCUUUGUUCUCUCACCACGACUACUUUCGAAGACCACUGAGAUAAUUAGCCGGAAUUCUCAAGUGUUUAUCCUGUUAAUGAUGCAUAAAUCUUAUCAAUCUAUCACUAAAUUCGUAAAAACACCCUUAAAAACCAUUGUCAUUUCAACUGGAGGCUUUUAAAAGUAAUCGAGGCGCGGCACAGAGGUGGAGGUGGUGAUUGUGGUAGUGGAUGCACAAGAGGUGAUGGACUGGAAUACAUUUGUCCGCCUGUAGCCUGUCGAGUGUACUGUAAUAUAGUGUAAGGCUGAUGUUUGUUGUCAACCUCGUGUGGUAAUACUAAUUAUCGUACAUCAUACAUACAACGUGCAAUACUUUCGCUACUCUCCUCCCGCCUUGCACUGCGCCAAGCUGAGCAAUGGUGUUAUUAUUAUUAUUAUUAUUAUUAUCAUUAUUAUUAUUAUUAUUGCUGUCACUAUUAACAUUAUAGGGUAUUUUCCUUAGCAAAUUAACCAGGCUUAGCUAUGCUCGUUAAAGGUAGUCAUUCUUCAUGUUCUUUAUUGUUCAACAUUUACUUACAGCAAAGGAGGACAACUGGCUGACUGUAGCAUGGACUAACGUGGCAACAAUAACUGACCUAUAUAAAUACUCGCAGUUGUGUGUGUGUGUGUGUGUGUGUGUUUGUGUCUUCAUUGCAACAACAAUUAUUAUCUCUACUCUUCUUCACCCUUAGCUGCGGUUUCACAAUAGCGUUCGUUGUUAUCAUAAAUUUUCGGGUGUUUUCCUUAUGUUUUAGUAAUGGGCUUAUGUAUGUACGAGUAUUACAGUACGUACUUAUAUAGGGUGAAUGGCUGCCUCUAUAACUGUAUCAUUUAUGUAUAACUUGUAAUUUUGUGGGGUUCUUUUAUUUCAUAUGUAUAUUUCGAGUGAUGAUGAUGAUGUAGGCAGCACGGCAUUUGUGUGGAAGUGACUGUUUGUUUUCGAGGCGUACGCUUGUGCUGGGUUGCCCCGCCCCCUCGUGUGACGUCACCCGUAAACACGAUUAUGCUCCACGCUUCGUUAAAGAGGCACCCUCUCUCAACUUGGAACAUUCUCUCUCUCUCUCUCUCUCUCUCUCUCUCUCUCUCUCUCUCUCUUAGGAACAUAUUGGUUUGGAUGCUAUGAUUACUCUCUUCUCUCUCUCUCUCUUAGGAACAUAUUGCCUUGGAUGCUAUGAUUAGUCUAUCUCUCUCUCUCUCUCUCCUUUACGCACACACACUACAAGUGGGCACUACAUAUUAUAUUGGGUCACAGUGUCCUCCGCCCUUCUCAGUGCCGCCGUGACCUCAGCGAUGGAGUGAGGACCCCCGCUGGCUGACGCACAGCGAGGCGCUUCUGUAAUGGAGACAAAUACCGUGACGAAACUGAAACUUUACCGCCAACUUGAUUAGGGUUGCCAAAGAUCAUGGGCAUUGCCAAACAUUUAGGUGUCUUAUCUUGACUACUUAUAACAAACUCUAGUGGAAGUUGUUAGCGCUCCCGAGGGUGCAUUUAUGAUACUGGUAGUAGUUCAACGAGGAUUUUUACAAUAUCAGUGAAAAAAAAAAAAACAGGUAUAAGAUCCCGGCUAAUUAUCGCUGUGGUAUUUGAAAACAAUGCGUACGAGAGAAUACAGCGUUUCAAAAUACGUGGUCAGAUUUUUGUACUUAAGGCAGUAGCGACAACAGUAGCAGCACGGCGCACGAACACUUUCUGUAAAUAGAUGUAUGAAAUGUCACUCAUCAAUUUGCAAUAUGCUUUGUGUGUAUGGGGGGAGAGGGGGAAGGAGGAUGGUAUGCGUACUGGUUCCCCACCAAAUUGAUGGGGCGUCUGAGGGACUAGUUUUUGUAAACAUGCGGUGGCGGAGGCAGAUAUGUGCUGCGGCCGAGGGGAGUAACAAGGCUAAAAUUAACCAUCUGACCGACUUCACCCACCCUUCUGCUCCGCCUUUUCCUGUUUCCCCUCUCGCUGCACCAACAUCACGUGUAUCUGUGCGACGUGCGAAUUUGAAUCUCCACAGAUAGAACAGUAUGUUUUCCUUUAGCAAGCAGAUGCGUUACUAACAUGCGCCUUUUGCGAUCUUUCAUCUGACAUGCCUUGGUGCCAUUGUGCGCAAAGGAAAUCCCCAUAUUUUCUUUACUAGAUCCUGAUGUUUGAUAGUCGUUGCUUUCUGAUUUCCUAGCGGCGUACCAUGGAAAUAUCAAGACGCGAUUGACUGUGUACGCAUCCUCUUGACUUUAGUAAUGCGCACACCAAGGAAGCAACAUGCGGUCAAUGACACUUUAAGAAUUCUGACUCCAAUUUUUACUAGGCAUAUUGAGAAGUUUGUGUCGCGGGCCGCCGCUGAACUACUACGGGGUUGAAGUCUGGCAGUGGCAGGCAGGGUGAUGUGUUCAUGCAACGUAUUCACAAACUCUUCUGCGCCUUAUCUCGACUACCAUUCAGAGGCUCCAGUGGAUGUUAUUGAGAUUUUCAAGGGCAUCUUCAUGAUCCUAGUGAUAGUUCAACUCGGAUUCUGCAUCGUCAAUGAAAAUAAUAAUAAUAAUAAUAAUAAUAAUAAUAAUAAUAAUAAUAAUAAUAAUAAUAAUAAUAAUAAACGUUCAAGAGAGUCUGGAUAUUCAAGUCUGUGGUCUUUGCUAAUAGUCUUCAUUAUAGAGGGAGAAAAUACAAUAAAAAGUUGCAGAAUACGGGCCUUACAUCAGAGUUAAGGGUACAGCAGGAAGUAGGGUACGCAGGCAGCGGGCAGGGUACGGCUAUACGCACAGUCUAGCUGAAUGCGGAACGGACGCUUCCCGUCAGUCAGGGUAUGUAACACUGACGCACAGAUUGCAUGUGUAUUGCACGGGCAUUCCACUUAACAGUACGUUGGUGAGUGGGUGGCGGGUGAGGGCACUGGUACUUACAUUGGACACAAGGAAAAGACACUACUUGUAUGUGCACUUGUAACCCGCCUCUAGCAGGGGUCACGCUGAGCUGCUCACCCUUCCUUGCUUUACUAGUAUAGUGGUCCGUAUUCUGCAACGCUUUGUACGCUCAUCACGACAAUCUUCAGGGGCCACGGAGGUGAUUAGCCGAGUUCUCAAGAGUGUUUCUCCUAUUGAUGAUAUAGAAAUCUUGUUAAUCUGUCGUUAGAGUCAUAAAACACUCUUAAAAACCCGUAUGACUUUAAUUAGAGCGUUUUGAAUGUAGUGAGGAUGCGGCGCAGAUGUGUUUCAGAAUAUUGUUCUGAUCUCACGAGUUUUGGAUCCUUAGGAUAAGCACUGAGUAUUACUUGAUAAGAAUACAACCUCGCUCAGGGCCAGUAGCCAGCGGGGGAAGCUGUGUGAGUAAUGGAAAAAAAAAAGAAAAAGCGAGAGAGAGAGAGAGAGAGAGAGAGAGAGAGAGAGAGAGAGAGAGAGAGAGAGAGAGAGAGAGAGAGACUACCCUGCCACUGCUAUGGGUACUGUACGCCACACUGGGAAAAAAGUGUGGACAAGGAAAGGAUACUGAGAGGCAGGACAAGUGAAGGACACUGAAGCUCACACAGGGCACGGAGAGGAAGGCAGACAGUUUAAUUUAAGAGUUACACUGCACACACACACACACACACAAAAAAAAAAAAAACAGAAAUCAUGAAAACAAGAAACCUGACACGAGAGGCGGACUAUGCACACUCGAACAACCAUGCCUUGUAGAAAUAGACCGAUGGAGUGAACAAACUAGAGAGAGAGAGAGAGAGAGAGAGAGAGAGAGAGAGAGAGAGAGAGAGAGAGAGAGCGAGAGUCUGCCAGGGCGCGGGGCUCCUCGUCAAAGCUCAAACAUUUCCAAGGCGGUGGGGCAGCGUGCGGUGUGUGGUGUGCUGUACUUAUUGUUCCCUAUCCCUCUCUUUGCCAUGUUCUCUUGCCAGUAGAAAGCACAUCCUUCGUCCUAUCCCUCUGCUGUCCAUUUUCCUCACCUGAGUUAGGUUAAAAUAGAAGCUUCUUCUUAGUUGCCUAAUAUUGCGUCAGCAUUUUUUUUUGUUCCUAGUAGUAGUAGUAGUAGUAGUAGUAGUAGUAGUAGUAGUAGUAGUAGCAGUAGUAGUAGUAGUAGUUGUAGUAGUCGUAAUGAAGAGACGUAUCAUAUAAUUCCUGUCCUCCAUUCCUCUCCCCCUUCCUUCCCUCCCCUAUCCUGCUGCCCCCCGCCACUAAAUAGUAAUAAUAAGUGAUGUUCGUUGGUCAUGUUCUUGUUGAGGUAGACUGUAAGCAGACGAUGGCCUUUCCUAUUACACCGUUAAGCCCAUUACUGACAUGAGUUUAGGAGAUAAUUUUUUCUUUUCCUUUCCUUUCUUCCUUGAUGAAGAUACGAUUAAGCAAACGAAUUCCCCUUGAUCCUAUUUCCAAACGUGUGACCCCAUUUCCCAAUACCUGAUCCCAUGUUUCUCUCACUGGAAUGCAUGUUAUGUUGGCUCGCUUCAUUUGCGCACUCUUUUUACAAUAUCCUUUCACAUGAGCAUUAUUUAUUUCAUUAUAGUUUUUUUUCUCUCUUUUUACCGUAUUGUUUUACCAUACGAAGAAAAAAAAUCAAUAAAUAUAGCUGACAAAGAAGAAAUAUGAAUAAAUGCACGUGUGAAAUAGGCAUUUACUCCGUCAUUUCACAACCUUUCUUUCCCAUGGUGAGAGAGAAACAGUCAGGCUCAGAGGGAAAGGAGGCUCAGAGGAAAACUCUACGCCGUCUCGCCCUGCAUGUUUCUGGCUAAGGGGGGCGACGGCGCGUAAUGUAAACAAACGAACGCCUCAGGGUGACCUUAGUACCUUGCUGUUGCGUUGCGGCGUUGGCUGUCACCGUUGUGCCUUAUGUGGGUUAGUGGGUGGGUCGUGAAUGCUGGUAGGGAGGUCGUCGCCUUGUGCUGUAGGGGUGACGUGAAAAAAGAAAAGAAAAAAAAAAAGAAAAGAAGAAGGCUGCUACUAUUGUGAGAAAGUAACGUCAGUGUUUUAAGGUGUCUUCAUCAUUCUAUAACCCAAUAAUAAGAAUAAAAGAGAUAAAUGAAAUAGGAACACCCAUACGAACCUGACUAAUAAUCUUUGUGGACUUUUAUAAGCAGUUACUAUUAGGGAGAGCUCAAGGUGUUUCAAAGCACGGGUCUUUGUGUUCUAAUCUUUCCUUCUUGCUCUGUACGGUUCCUUUGGGUAGUGAUGCCACAGUCUAGCGAGCUUCAUGUAUGUGAAUGGAAGACAGAAGUCAAAGCAGGGACUAAUGAAUGGUUUUGUGAUUGGAGUUUUGCGAGGACCAAGCGAGAAAUUGCAAUGUGAUAGGAGGAGGUAGCUGCUUGACUCUCUCUCUCUCUCUCUCUCUCUCUCUCUCUCUCUCUCUCUCUCUCUCUCACUAUUUUGAGCAGCUGUAAUUUGUAAGUAGCAAUAGAAAAAAAUCUAUAAUUAGUGGAUUGUGAAACAAAAGUGAUGAGUAAGGAAUCUGAAACUUGCACUCUUCGUUACUAGAUGAAAUGCGAGUCUUUUUUUCUGGGGGGAUGGCGAGGCAGAGGCGUAAAGAGCGUGAGUAUUGUCCCUUUUUUGUCCCGUCCCUCUCUUGCACAAGUGCGGCGCCGCUGUACCUACGUGUGGGUGGAUGUAACAGGGGAGGCGUGGCAAGGGUGUUUCUCCCUACGCCCUCCCUUGUUGCUGCUUCACUCUCCCUCCCCUGUAUCGCCUCGAAGCACUGCUACCACGUACUUAACCUAACCCAGUCUUAUCUAACCUGCCAAUUCAAUCUUACCUAAUCUAACUUAACCCUAACCUAACUUAAAGGUCUACUGCGCUGCUAGCAAUUUAACUUAAUCCAACUUAAUCUAACGCAACUCAACCUACCCAAACCUUACUUACCUAACCUUACCUUAACGUAACCUAACCCAACUUUAUGUAACCUAACCUAACGUAACCAAACCUAACCUUAAUUAACCUGACCUUACCUUAAUGUAGCCUAGCCUACCCUAUUUGGCACAUGUCUCCUUAAUCACUAACCACUCUGAGACAUCGUUACUUGUUCCACAGCCACCUCCAAUCAUUAAACUGGCUUGAAAUUGCAAAAUCUAUUCUUUUCAAUCUCUUUCUUGCAGAUGCUUGUAAAAAUUUCAUACAUUACCUCUAGUGUUGUUAAUUCUUUCAUAUCGUUGUGAAAGGGUUAACCUGACCUUAUCUUAACAUAAUUUAACCAAACCAAUCCUUAUGUGACCCUAACUAACCUAAUAACACUGAACCUAACCUAACCUAACUUUACUUAACCUAGCGAUACCUUAAUUUAACCUAACCUAACCAAGCACGACACAUUACUUAACCUUAUGUAAGUCAACCUAACCCAAGACUCACUGCGCUGUACUAAUGGCAUGUGUACUUAACUGGCGCACUCCGACCCUCUGCUUUCUCAUCAAGGUGGUGGGGGGGGGGUCGACGGAAUACAGAGUCGGGAGGAAGAAAAAGGAAAAGUAGAAAGGUUGUAAGAGCGUGGUGCAUGAACUCAGCACGGCAGGCAUUCACUACCAGCGCCUCACUCUCCAUCCAUUCCUUCCCUAUCUUGCCUCCCUCCUUCAUACACCGAACUUACAAAAUGAAGAAUACUUAGCAUACAACAGAUUACAGAGUAUUUAGACUGGCUCCCUAAGAUAAUGCAUUGUGUUAGGUUACGUUAGGUUAGAUAUUCUUUCAUCUCCCUUCAUCUCCGUCCCACUGUUCCCAGCAUCUCCACGGCUCCUGUCAGCAACGCAUAUCAAGAGGCAUGACGUCACGUGUUUACAGCGUCACGCACUCUUGAGGGGCUGUGGAAAGAGGUCUUAAGUCUCUCUCUCUCUCUCUCUCUCUCUCUCUCUCUCUCUCUCUCUCUCUCUCUCUCUCUCUUUUGUGAUUGUGACGUGAAAAUUUUGUUGUUGCUUUUGUCGUCAUCGUCGUCGUUGUUAUUAUUAUUAUUAUUAUUAUUAUUAUUAUUAUUAUUAUUAUUAUUAUUAUUAUAAUUAUGAUUUUUAUUAGUUGUAUUAUCAUUAUUAUUUUUUUUUAUUGUCGCUGCUACUACUACUACUACUACUACUACUACUACUACUACUACUACUACUACUACUACUACUACUACUACUACUAUUUCUACUACUACUACUACUACUACUACUACUACUACUACUACUACUACUACUACUACUACUACUACCAUCAUCAUCAACUACAGUCUCUCCCUUCUUCACCACCACCACCAUCAUCACUACCGCCACAUUUGGGACUCGUGUCAGUAUUAGGAUUAGAACCUACUCCCCCUUCGACUCCUGCGGCCUCUUCCUCUACCAUUAAUGAAGCGUCGAGAUGCAAAAAAAUAAUGACUCUUCAGCCUUUCUCUCAUCGCCGCAUUGUUGCAUCAUCUUCUAGUGCUAUUUUCACGCGAACUGUUCUUCUGAUCUUGCUAACUGCAUGCCUCCCCUUCUCCCGCGGCUUCUCUGCACAAGACUUUCAACUUCCUCUCAUGCCAAUUAUGUCCACUUCUCAAUUGCAAGAGUUAAUCAGUAUUCUCAAACAUUUAUCGUUCUUUCUGGUAAACUAUGGAACUCCCUGCCUGCUUCUGUAUUUUCUCCUUCCUAUGACUUGAACUCUUUCAUGAGGAUGGUUUUCAGACACAUCCAGUUUUGAAUGAUCCUUUUUGACGUUUCUUUAAUGACUGGAACCUUAGUGGCCCCUUUUUUUCGCACUUUUGUUGCCCUAGACCAGUGCUCCUCUUGCAUUUAGAAAGUAAAAUAAUAAAACCAACCCCGAUAUCGAGAAGGGAGGAUGCCUGGCGGGGUACUUCAAGGCUUUCAUCUAGUGCCUUUGGUUAUUCCAGUGAAGAUGUUAAGUUAUCAGCAGUCGAAGGCGGGCUGUUUAUGCCUGGCGUGAGAAGCGCUAGGUUAAGUUAUGCAUACGUUAAGCUGGAAAGUUAGUGCAGAGAAGGAGAUAGGAAAGGUUAGGGGAGGAAUGGUUAAGCUAAAGGGUGAGGUGGUGAAGUGAAAGGAUAAAGGAAGUGAGAGGAGGAGAGAGUAAAAAAAAAACACGUGAAGUGAAGGAAAGGAAGAGAAAGGAGAAAAAAAAAAAACAAAGGAAAUGAAAUGAAGUGAAAGGAGGAGGAGGAAAGAAAAAAAAAAAAAAGGAGCAAGGGAGAAGAUAAGUGAGGGGAGAAGAGGCAAAAAAGAAAGGAAAAGAAGAAUUUAAGUGAAUGGGGAAAAUGAAGGGUACGGCAAGUUCCCUUUAACGUGACAGUGGAGAAGGAGGAGAAGGAGGAGGAGGCAACGUGUUACGGGUUGCCAGGCCUCACGUGGUGGGUGAUAUUCUGAGAACACCUUAUUUUUGGGCGCCUCCUCCUCCUCCUCCUCCUCCUCCUCCUCCUCCUCCUCCUCCUCCUCCUCAUCCUCCUCCUCCUCCUCCUCCUCAUCCCCUUCAUCCACCGCCACCUCCUUUUUUUUUUCCUUCUCCUCCUACUUCCCCUUUUCCUCCUCCUCCUCCUCCUCCUCCUCCUCCUCCUCCUCCUCCUCCUCCUCCUCUUUUAAUUUUUUAUCAUCUUGCCUCCCUUCAUCGAAUAAAAGAACAACUCUUAGUUCAUAUAAUUUUCCAAUGCCUUUAUGAUUAAUUAUUAUUGUUAUUAUUAUUAUUAUUAUUAUUAUUAUUAUUAUUAUUAUUAUUAUUAUUAUUAUUAUUAUUAUUAUCGUUGUUAUUAUUUUGUGGUAUGGCGUGAUAUCAGCGGUGGUGAUGGUGGUGGUGGUGGUGAUGGUUGUGUGACGUUAAUGUACACGGAAGGAUGGGAAGGAGGGAGAGGUGUGAGAGGGGGGGAUGGGUGAUGUGCCUCUGUCUUGAUCCUGUUUUUGAUCUUGGGGAGCCAGUCAUUCCGAUGGAGAGAAUGACGGAGCGAGAGACUUGUAUAGUAUUAAGCAUUACAUUAUUAUUAAGUUUGUCUUGGUUGCCUUACUAUGUACGUAUGUUAGAAGUAUGAUGUUAUUCUUUCUUUUUUUUAUUUCUCUUUUAAUUGUAAGUUUUAAUAUUGCCUCACGCCUCCACGUAUGGGAUGAGAUAUAUACUUAUAGGCACGUAUCCGCCAUUACAAGAAGAAAGAAGAAAAUGAUAUGUAAAUUUUGGCUGGCCUCGAGAUAUGAGGAAAAAAGAGAGAGAAGAAUCAGAUUGCUAUUUUUAUUUCAACGUUUUUCGUGGAUUCCUGAGUAAAAAUUGCAGGAUUAUUAUUAUUAUUAUUAUUAUUAUUAUUAUUAUUAUUAUGUUAAUAGUCCUUCCCCUUUAUUAGUUGUAGCUUAGUAAUGCGUUGAGUCGCAUUAUUAUUAUUAUUAUUAUUAUUAUUAUUAUUAUUAUUAUUA